AUGUCGUUGAAUCAGCUAAGUCCAAUUGCUCAAGCUGAACUUGAGACCGGAACCACUACUAGGCCACCAAAGUUGAAAGGGGCUGAAGACUUCAGUACUUGGAAGGCUCGUAUUCAGUCGUUCUUCGAGUACACGGACUACAAUCUGUGGCUCUCAGUCACCGCUGGACCCCACAUUCCAACAGUGGUUCGGGGAGAUGCGGUAGUUGCUAACAAUGAUGCCACAACCUUCACUGACGAAGACAAGGCCCUAAUCCAACACGAUCGCCGUGCACAUGUUGCCUUAACCAUGGCACUGUCAACUAAUGACUGCAACAUGUUUGAAGAACACCGAACUGCAAAUGCACACUGGAAUGCAUUGAGUGAGUAUUAUGAGGGAAAUGAGGAGCUAAUUGAAAGCAAGAGAGACAUGGUGCAGAAGCAAUAUGACAUGUUCUGUGGAGUUCGUGGAGAAAGUCUUUCCGAUCACAUCAGUCGCUUUCUGAAUAUGAUGACCAAAAUGAAGAAGGCGGGAAAUCCUGUCACAAACCGUGCUGCCAUAAAGAAGCUGUUGGAUUCACUCCCUAAGGAAUGGAGUCUGCAAUGCAUGAUGAUCAAGAAGGAUUUCCUCAAUAAUCCAAAUCCUGUCACUCUGUCCGACUUAAUUAACACUCUAAGAGCUUUUGAAAUGGAUGUCAACAAACGAGAGAUGAACACUGCUGGCUACCCACCAAAGACCAAUCAAACCUCUGUUGGAUUGAAGAAUAUGGCAUUCCUUGCUUCAGGUGGCAUCAGUCCACAAGCCUCUGACUUAAUCUACGCUAACGCUUCCACAAGCGCAUCGAAAGCUCCACAACCUAGUGAGAAGACUAUCACGGUUGGUGAUACACAAGCGUUGAAGGUGUCUACUGAAAACGUGGCACUUUUUAACAUGUUUCUGAGCAGCUAUGAAGCUUUGAUGUCUGGAGAACUGAAGAAGGAGAUGUUCACUGCUGAAGACAUGUUAAAGAAAUUUCAAGACAAAACCGGAAAGCAUUUGGGUCUUGGAAAGGCUGGUUUUGACAAAUCCAAACUGAGAUGCUACAACUGUAAGAAUCUGGGCCACUUCAAGCGUGACUGCCCCUUGUUGAAAGAAGGAAACAUUGAAUCAACUCCUGAUGUAAAACAAAUCACCAGCGAAGAAAACAAAAACAACGCAUCUCCUAGCACGCCAAAAGCCUUAGUCGUUGAAGAUUAUGAUUGGAGUGAAGAAAUUGCUGAAGCUAAGGAGCAAGUCAACAAAGCUCUUAUGGCAAAAAUCUCAAGCGAGUCCUCAUCAAAGCAGUUUGAGAAACAGACAGCUGGAAUUCCAAAAGGAGACAACAUUGCUGACAAGGGUCUGAAAAGCAUUCUCACCUCCACAGAGCCUGAGAAAGAAAAGAAGUCUGAAGAAGCAGAGGAGCAUGUUUCUGAGGAGGUAUCUGAUCAGAAGAAAGGCAAAGAAAAAGUCCCAGCAGCAGCUAUGAAAACAGAAUCUUCAAAAGAAAAGGCUGACAAAGACUUGGCCUUUACUGACAUCAAAAACUGCCGACGACCAACGUAUGUGAAAGACGGGAUUGGGUAUAAGGAUAGGCAAGGAAAUGAAAGAAAAUUCUUCUUUCCACCGCAUAGCAAAAACUAUGUGCCUAUGCCAACUCCUCAUCCCGAAAAUGAUCUUAUCGAUGAAAAGGCCUCUGUAGAACAAAACGAUUUUUGUGAAAGUGAAACAACUGCUAACUUUUCUAAAAGUAAUGCAGAUCCAAUUGUGUGUAAAGAAGAUGUGUGCGAUGAGGAUGGAGACUGCGGCGGUUCAAAUAUAGGAAUAGAAUUGAAAAAGAAUAGCUUUGGAAAGUUCCUCACAGAGGAAAUUCCAGAAUUUAUUCCAUCUCGAACAGGUAUGACAAAUUCAAAAAAGAGUGUCACUGAAGAUCACUGCAAUGAAGACUCAAGCAUCACUGCCUCAGAAGAUGAGCAAAAAUCAGAAAGCUCAAGUGAAGAUCGAACAACAGAUGGUGAAAGUCUCGAAUUCUCGAGUGAAGAAACCCCGAAAACCUCAAGUGAAGAUCAAACUACAAAUGAUGAAAGCUCCGAAUGUUCAAGUGUUGAAACAAUCGAAGACCAAGACUCAGAAAGUUCAAGCGAAGUUCAAAGCUGCAAUGAUUCAAGUUACGAAGCAAGUGAAGAGCAAAGCUCAAGCGAAUACCUCACGUCUGAAAGUUCAUCCGAUUCCGACAGACAUACAGCGAAACAUUGUAAAAACAAGAAGUUUUCUAAACCAGAAUAUGAUUUUGUCACAAACUUCACAUAUCAGCUUAAUUAUCUUAAGAAGUCUGUUAAAAAGCUGGUUGAGUCAACAGCCUAUUUUUGGAAACAAAAAGAGGACAACAAUAAACUCCAGAAAUGGCUCCGAAUGCUCAUGGAGUACAUCUGGCAUGUCGACAGCGGAUGCUCAAGACACAUGACAGGUUUGAAGGAACUUCUGAAAAACUUUCGCUUUAUUGAUGGAGAUUUCGUGUCUUUCGCUGGAGACGAGAAGGGAGGGAAGAUCGUUGGAAUAGGAGAUGUGGUGUCUGAAGCCCUCACGUUGGAAAAUGUCAACUAUGUUCCAGAAUUGUGCUACAAUCUCAUGAGUGUAUCACAAGUCUGUGAUAAAGAAAUAUCGGUGUUUUUCAAGCCUGAAUAUGUCGUUCCUGCAGAAAUGAUCAUGCUCACUGCUCCAAGACAAAACAACACAUACGUGCUCAACAUGAAAAAUGCCAAGACAAAUGACAACUUGACGUGUUUGAUUUCAAAGGCUUCGGAAUCGGAGUCGCUGCUUUGGCACAGGCGAUUGGGGCAUAUGAUUUCUCUCGGUUUUCAUGGGUCUAUUUUCUUGAAGCAAAAAGCGAGACAGCUGAAGUUCUCAAAUCAUUCAUUCCGCUAA